AUGUCCACCGCGUGGCGGGUACUAUUAGCGCUAUUUUUUAUUUUAUUAGCCGUCGAAGCACGUUUCUUGAUAAUGGAUGAAGACGGUGUUUCGUUGAGAACUCUCUCGAUGUUAACCCAACCGAGAAGGUCCUAUUCAUUGGCUAGCUAUUUGGAUAAAAGAGUUGCCAAUCCACCAACGAAAUGUCUAUGGAAGCUGUGCCCGGGGAAA